CGUCUCCAUGUUUUGACUACCACCACCAACAGCAACACAGCGAACCCUGCCAACACAUAGCCGUUGCGCUUGCAAUCCCCUCUGUGUUUUUCAACAAAAUGGCUGAUUUAGGGGAUGAUACCGGAGCGAGAGCCCUACUGGCCCUCAAAUCUGCGCCUUGUAGCCCGGUGGCCGUGUCUAUCCCGCCCGUGUACACGCUCUCCUCCUCGACUUCGCCCGGGAUCACAUCAUCCAUGCCCCUCUCCCCUCCGUCGCAGGCCCUCGCCCGCCUGGAAGGCAGGGACUUCGAGUUCGUUAUGCGCCAGCGGACGGUCACCGUGGGCCGGAAUUCCUCGCACGGCUCCGUGGAUGUCAACAUGGGCCACUCGAGCUUUAUUUCCAGGCGACAUCUGCAAAUCGCCUUCGAGGAGCCGCAUUUCUACCUGCGCUGCCUCGGCAAGAACGGUGUGUUCGUCGACGGCGUUUUCCAGAGGAGAGGCGCACCUCCGCUUGCCCUGCCGAGGGAGUGCACAUUUCGAUUUCCCAGUACGGUGAUCAAGAUUCAGUUUACCUCACUCUACCAUAAAGAGACACAAAAGGAGGAGGCUCCUGUAUCCCCUGUGAGACCUCUUUACCCACAAAUCUCUCCGCUGAAAAUCACCAUUCCCGACAACGACUUCAAAACUAUGAUGAGUCCCCUGCCUUCACCGACAGGAACUAUUAGUGUUCCCAAUUCCUGCCCAGCGAGUCCACGAGGAGCAGGUUCCUCAGGCUACCGCUACGGCCGAAACAUCACCUCAGAUCUCCAGCUGGCAGCGGAGUAUGCAGCCAAAGCUGUGUCAGAACAGCGCACUGAAGCCACAGGAGGAGAUAGUCCUAAAGAUGAGUCCAAACCCCCAUAUUCAUACGCUCAGCUGAUAGUCCAGGCCAUCUCGUCUGCUCAGGACAGACAGCUAACACUAAGUGGCAUUUACGCUCACAUCACAAAGCAUUAUCCUUACUACAGGACGGCCGACAAGGGCUGGCAGAACUCAAUCAGACACAACCUAUCUCUGAACCGCUACUUUAUUAAAGUGCCGCGCUCGCAAGAAGAGCCUGGCAAAGGUUCAUUUUGGCGCGUGGACCCAUCAUCAGAGGCCAAGUUGGUGGAGCAGGCCUUCAGAAAGCGCCGUCAGAGAGGAGUGUCCUGCUUUCGCACACCCUUCGGCCCGCUGUCCUCCAGGAGCGCUCCAGCAUCUCCCACUCACUCCGGCCUCCUCUCUCCACACUCGAGUGGCCUUCAGACCCCUGAGUGUCUCUCCCGGGAAGGAUCCCCAGUGUCUCAUGAGCAUGACUUUGGUUCUAAGCUUGCCUCUGUGCCUGAGUACCGAUAUUCCCAGAGUGCACCAGGCUCUCCAGUGAGCGCUCAGCCCGUAAUCAUGGCUGUACCAUCUCAGUCCUCAGCCGCGAUACCCAAACCUGUGGCUUACAUGCCCUCCAUCAUCAGCUCCUCCCAAGCCUCUGGUCAGGCCAUCCAUGUGGUGCAGCAGGCGCCAGCUGUCACCAUGGUCCGUGUAGUGACCACCUCCACAAGCUCCCCUAAUGGCUACAUUCUGGCCAACACCUCCUCCUCAGGCCCUGGAGAACUACAUGGAGAUCCAAGAGGUGCAUUAGAUGAGAUGCCAUUGGUUGGCAGUAGAGUGAUUCAGGCUGUAGGGAGUCACAUAGCCUCAGCCAACAGAGGGCAGCAGAGCUACACUGUUGUCCAGCAGAGCGCCAUUCACCAGCUCCCCGUGCAGACCAUUGCUCAGAAUGGCAAACAUGCUCUUCCUGUCACCAGCAUACCAACCAGUGCUUACGCUCUGACCAACCCUCUCCAGAUCCUGGCUGCCCAGGCCUCAACAUCCCCACCCGUGCUGGUCAACAGACCCUCCAACAUGGAAACUGACGAGUCCAGCAUCGACGAGCCCGAACCCAAGCGGCCCAAAAAGGAGGAGGACUGUGUGGCUCCGGUCCCUCAGCCUGUUAUUGUUGCAAUGAACCAGGAAGCCAGCGAAUGAAAGCGUGAGUGAGCCAAUGAGCGGAUGACGGAUCUUAACAGCACAUCUCACAAUAUCCUCAAACAUAUUGAGGGCAAUGUGUUGGGCUUUCUUUAAAAACCUGAACUUCAACGUUUUGUAAACGCCCCACACGGGCACCUGAUCGAAUGUCUUUGUAAGAAGAGCUUGUUUCAUGAGAUAGAUUCAUCAAGCUACAUCUGGCAGCAUUAAAAUUCAGUGCUCACACUGUUUUAAUUUUGUAGGGGUUUUUAAAUCUUGUAAGAAUGUUUGAAAGAAGAGGUACAUGUGCUUAAAGACACCAGCUAGGCAUGUGAACUUGUGUUUCCCUCACAAGUUACAGCUAAGAGAGCGAAAGACAGAGAGAGUUCAUUCGGGAUGGGGUGGGACCAAUACCUAUGCAGCUAUUAAAGUCCGAGACCACAAGUCUCUCCGAAUUGAAGCAGUAUAAUAAAAACUAAAAUAAGGGUCACAUGGAGCUGUGCGUCACUGUGCCGCCUUUGUGAGGAUUUAUUUAUCUCUCUGUUUAAAAUAAACAAAGGCCAUCUUUAACGAAAUAAGAUUGUUACAACUAAAAGCACAUAAACGAAUAGGCCUUUUCUAGCUGGAGUUCUUUAACCUACAUUGUUCUAGUAUACAAUAUAUUUUUCUGUGGAGGCUUCUUACCUUGCUUGCUUGAUUUCCUAUGAAGAGAAAUGUCUAGAAAAAUGCUAACUUCUUAAUUGGUCUGUGUUUAGCGCAAACAAUUAAAAAAAGAACUCAAUGAAUGUACGUAGCGUUUGUUUAUUUGUUACGGCACCCACUUUUGACCUAAACAAUUAAAAUGUGUGUUUUGUUUUGUUUUGUUUGUAGAUACAAUUGUGUUUAUAAAAUGGAAAAACUGUAAGUCUGAAGCUCAUCGUAUUAAACGCAGCUCCAUCGUAUCUGUCCAUCCCCGUUAGCACUUGGGCAAAAUUCUGCUUCUUGUAAGGCUUGCGCAAUGUAAUCCCGACGGAUGUAGCGCAUGAUGUCAACCAAAUGCUUUUCCAGACCCAGGAAUGUAACCGUUCAUUUUGAUUGUCGCUGAGGCUGUUUCUUCACUGACUUUCUGUGAUCCCUCAACAAUCACAGAAGCCACUAAAAUGAAUGUUCAGUAUUUUCAGAAACUUAUUUUGUAGUAAUACACACACACACACACAGUAAAUCAGCCUGUGAUGAGACUGUUUAGUUUUAUUAAGAGAAGAGUAAACGUAUAUUGUUAGAAUGUGUUUUUUCGAGACAAUCACUAACAGGAAUCAGUUCAAUAACCGCUUUAUAUGUUGCAAAAAUUAUAAAUGCCACACGUGGAGUAAUAAAAAGGACCCUAGAGCGGUGUUUCUCAACCACGUUCCUGGAGGACCACCAGCUCUGCACAUCUUCCAUGUCUCCUUAACUAAACACACCUGAUUCAUAUCAUCAGCUCAAUAGCAGAGACUGAAAUACCUGUAAUAGGUGUGACAGAGAAAGGAGACAUCCAACACUUGCAGUGUUGGUGGUCCUCCAGCAACAUGAUGGGGAAAAACUGCCCUAGAGUACUUCAAAUCAGUGUUUCUCAACCACUUUUCUGGAGGACCACCAGCUCUGCACAUUUUCCUUGUCUUUUUAACCAAACACACCUUAUUCAGAUCAUCAUCUCAUUAGCAGAGACUAAAAUAAGACCUGUAAUAGGUGUGACAAUGGAGACAUCCAAAACAUGCAGUGCUGGUGGUCCUCCAGGAACGUGGUUGAGAAACACUGCACUAGAAUAUUUUAAGUCAGUGUUUCUCAACCAUGUUCCUGGAGGACCACCAGCUUAUUAGCAGAGACUGAAAGACCUGUAAUGGGUGUGACAGACAAAGGAGACACCCAAAACGUGCAGUGCUGGUGGUCCUCCAGGAAUGUGAUCGCGAAAAACUGCCCUAGAGUACUUUAAGUGAGCUACCACUAGGCUUGUUGUACAGUGACAGCCCUUACAGUGUUUCUUUUUUUUAAUAGAAAGUGAAACAUCAACAGACCAAAUACAUAUCCUCAUUUUAGUGCCUUAGUGCUCCACUUCCUUCAGGGCUAAAAAAAUACAAAUGCUAAACACAUGCUAAUAAUGCAGGUUUGAGUGAAUGUUUGAACAAAUCUGGCAUAGGAAGUGAAUAACAGCACAUGUGCAAGGGGUUUUAGAAGCCUAGAAGAGACGAGGGCGACUAUUAAUGUAGUGUAUGGGCCUCAAACUGGAUUCCUGGAGGGCCGCAGCUCUGCACAGUUUUGCUCUAAUCCUAAUUAAACACAGCUGAUGCAACUAAUCAAGGUGUUCAAGACUCUUUAGAACACCUUGAUUAUUUGGAUCAGCUGUGUUUGAUUAUGAUUGGAGCAAAUCUGUGCAGAGCUGCGGCCCUCCAGGAAUCCAGUUCGAGACCUACGGUGUAGUGACUGAAAGCAAUAUGAUAAAAGUAAACAGGAAGGGAAAUCAAUUCUUUGAGCGGAUCAUUCGCAGCUUUUAUUGAUUCAGAACAUCAGAAUGAUGGAUAAAUCAAGAGGAAUCUGAACUGAAUGGAGGAACGUUUGGAUUCAGACUAUACAGAUAAUAAUCCAAAACUAUAGAGAUUGAACAUAAUUAGUCUGGUUAGACGUGGCCGUUUGUUUCAGGGCUUCAGAAUGUGGGCUUUGAUAAAUGAAAUAACUGAAAGAACCACUGUUGUUUGGAGAAUCGGAAACAAAUUGUCCUGACAAAUAAAAAGAAAUGCAUUUAUACCUGA